AUGAGUGUAUUCCUUCCCUUGCGUGAGCUUAAGCCCGAAACACGUAUGGGUUAUUCUAAAUUUGCCGUCCCAUCAAAGAAAGCAAAAUUUUCUUCACGCAAAGGAAUGAUUGUUAUAUACAGUCCAGCCCUUAUUGCCUCUGCAAUUGCUGUCAUAUAUGCUUAUCUUAAGUCCAUGAACACGUAUAUCAUCCUAAGCGCAUCCUUAAGUAGCUUGCAUUAUAUAAAGCGUGUCUAUGAAGCAUUGAUGGUUCAUCGAUAUUCGGGAAGUUCGUUCGUUCGUGAUGUCUUGAUCAUCUCUACCAGCUACUUCUCUUUUGCUGUAUUCGUGUUUUACCUCUCCUCCCUUGUCCCACUGGUUUACGAAAGGAUGGAAGCAAAGAGUACAAGGCAAAUUCCAAAUGGAGGUUUAUUCCAAUAUAUCUGGUGUCCGCAUUAUCUUGGGGAGGUUAUUAGCCUUGCUGGUGUUGCUCUUGUCUCGCAAACGUUUAUCAUUGUUGCAUUCCAAUUUUCCUCCACCAUAUAUCUUCUUGUAAGGUCAUACAAUACUCGCAAAUGGUACGAGAAUCGGUUCCCUGGUGCUCCUUAUAGAGCAAGUGUCAUCCCUUUCAUAUUCUAG